GGGAUCUAUGUGCUACAGAUCAUGGACUGGUACUGCGCUGUGUUCUCUAUGAUGUUACUGUCACUGACAGAAUGUGUGGUUAUAGCCUGGAUCUACGGUGUUGACAGAUUCUACAAGGACAUAGAACUGAUGAUUGGAUACCAGCCUAGUGUCUGGUGGAAGAUUUGCUGGUUAUUUAUCACACCUGUUACCAUUGCUGGUGUAUGGUUGUUCAGUGUGACCCAGUUAAGUCCGGUGACCUACGGAGAUUAUGAAUACCCAGAUGGAGCCAUUGUCUUUGGUUGGAUGCUGGGACUUGUGUCUCUGGUACCUGUCCCAGUAUGUGCACUAAUCGCCAUUUCAAAAGAAAAAGGUGACAUAUUUCAAAGAAUUAAGAAGUUGGUCCAUCACACAGAUGAUUGGGGUCCAGCCGUGGAGAAACACCGAGUCCGAUAUCUACAGUCGUUACAGAGUUCCCAGAAUUCCCUGGACUCUGUUGUGUGUACGCCUCUCGUAGAAGCCAAAUACAACGCAAUAAAGCCUCCACAGUCAUGAGAGGAAGUAAAAUCUUAGAUUUCUGAAGAAUGUCAGUACAAGGAAGGAUGUCUUGUAUAACAUUAUUUUAAGGGAAAUCUAAUUAAGCAGUUUUAUCA